UCAGUUCCGGUUCUAUGGGCAACCUCUUGUUGCCCGGAGACACCGCAGAAUGUUAUCCAGGGAAACGAAGAAAGUUAUCCGGACUUCAGUUAAGAGGCGAAAUGGCUGAAAUUGAAGAUACACUGAAGAGGAUCGAAUUCACACAAGGUGUAACUGGAACAAUCGUUGUUAAUUCACAAGGUAUCCCCAUCAGAACAACCUUCGAUAACGUUUCUACUGCAAGGUAUGCAGAACUUGUUCGCCCGCUCACCAUGCUUGCAAGGAGCACAGUCAGGAGUCUGGACCCUGAAAAUGAUCUCACCUUCCUUCGCAUUCGCUCCAAGAAAGAUGAGAUAAUGAUUGGACUAGACAAUGACUUUCUAGUGAUAGUCAUCCAGGAGCGACCAGGAGUGAAUAAUACUGCAAAUCGUUUCGGGACAUUUAAAUGAGCCUGUGGUUUGUCACCCAGUGGUUCUGUACAUUAGCAAACAUCUUUCACCAUUUCCAUUUUUACACAAUCCCUCCCAGUCUUUUAAAAUCCAAACAUGCUGCCAUAACAUAUUGCAUUGUUUAUUUUGCAUUAUAUUUUUUCAUUGUGGUUUCUAUUGAGAAGUUGGUCAAAAAAAAGUUACUGACCAUAAUGAAGUUCUUUGUUUCUUGUGUACGAUUAACCCUGGUUGUAUAUAAAUACUGUAACUGAAAUAAACUCAAGAGAAACACAAAGACAUUUAUUGUUACUUUUUAAACCUGGAGAAUACCAAUUGAACAUGUUCCAUGGUGAAACAUAGUCUGACUUAUUUUUGUUUAUGCAGACCACUUCCAUCCGUAUUUUCAAACCAUGUUAACCACAGGAAAUGGUCAAUGAUAGAACAGCAAAUUCAUUAAACAAACAUUGCCCGCCCUUAAAAUACUGAUCAGUCGUCAGAAUUUCAGACAUUUUACAAAUAUUUUAAUGUAAAUUUAAAUCAUAAUGUACAACAAUAUAUGUUAAUAAAUAAUUCAUCACAAUUAUACAGCCCAAAUAAUACAUUACACAACUGAUUGAAACAAAUAUGCAGGCUUUCACAGCAUGUCUGUAGGUUGGACUGAACAGGCGACGCAGGAAGGUGAUCUGGGGAGAUUGCUGCUCUACAUUUACUAUUCUUGUGCUUGUCACAUGGGGCUCCAGGGAUUUUGAUUUUCAGAGGCAAAGAGGCAGGACUGAACUUAAGUAAAAAUAAAUUUCAUCAAAAGAACAGUGAGGAAGUGUUUUGUUGUUAUCCACAGAGGGACUGUUUAAUUCCAAUUUUAUUUUCACCGAUAAACUUUAGAUCAUUUCCUCAAGGAUUCUAAUGAAUACGUGAAAACAUUAGGUUUUUCUGUUUAUGAAGGAAAGUUAUGGCCUGUGAAACAUUUGUAAGGGUGGAUUUUAUGUCAAGAGUUGGCAAUUGACUAACAACAUCUACAGAAUAUUGCAAAAGCCCUUUAAAUAUCACAAUGUUUUGUCAACAUGUAGACAUGUGAAGGGCUUAGGAAACUAAGUCUUGGGUCUGUAGAACAAAAAUAAAAAGCUGAGGUGAGAAAAGGA